GUCGGUCUUGCAAGGUUCUCGUUGAAAGUCGAAUGGGAAAAGGGUACUUCCUCUGACAGUAUAGCCCACUCGACAUCACGCACUCUAUCCGAGUCUACCGCCUCCUCAAGGACGCUUCAAGAUUCUCUCGUUCCACCAUCGCUCCCGGUCCCAUCGAAAUGUGUCUUUGGUCAUGGUCAUUUUUCUCACCUGCAUACAGCCACAGCAAUAGCCACAGCAGCAGCACAAGACAGCACAAAACAAGAAACCAUGACAUCCGCAUCAUACAUUUUUCGGUAUUCUGUCUCACGGGCUAUGCCUUUUUCCUCUUCUUUUUUGCAGACGUCCCCCUUUUUUUAGAAAUGAAAGCGUCGAGAACCCCCCUUUUGAAGUUCACAAAUGCAGUGCUGAGAUGGACAAAACACGACUGUCGGGUUGCGUUAUACUACAUACACACGUAUUAAUCACACAUGUAAUUGUGCGAGUGGAGCUAUAUAUGUCAA